CUACUGUAUUAUAGGAGCUUAGAAUCCCAGCUGCUGGCUCUGGGCUAAAGUUCCCUGAUGGCUCCUGCAGGGUGGACUGGCCCCCUUUCCCUAUGUGUGCUUCUGCUGCUAACCUGUGGCUUUGCCAUGCAGGCAAGCUGCUGGUAGUGCCCAUGGAUGGGAGCCACUGGUUCACCAUGCAGUCGGUGGUGGAGAAACUCAUCCUCAGGGGGCAUGAGGUGGUUGUAGUCAGGCCAGAGGUGAGUUGGCAACUGGGAAGAAACCUGAAUUGCACAGUGAAGACUUACUCAACCUCAUACUCUCUGGAGGAUCAGGACCGAGAGUUCAUGGCAUUUGCCAAUGGUCAAUGGAAAGAACAAAUACAAAGUAUAUUUUCUCUAUUAGUGAGUCCAUACAGUGGCAAUUUUGACUUAUUUUUUUCACAUUGCAGGAGUUUGUUUAAGGACAAAAAACUAGUAGAAUACUUAAAGGAGACUUCUUUUGAUGCGGUGUUUCUGGAUCCUUUUGAUGCCUGUGGCUUAAUUGUUGCCAAAUAUUUCUCCCUUCCAUCUGUUGUCUUCACUAGGGGGAUACUUUGCCAUUAUCUUGAAGAAGGUGCACAGUGCCCUGCUCCUCUUUCGUAUGUCCCCAGAGGUCUCUUAGGGUUCUCAGAUGCCAUGACUUUCAAGGAGAGAGUAUGGAACCACAUCAUGCACUUGGAGGAGCAUUUAUUUUGCCACCAUUUUUUCAAAACUGCCCUAGAAGUAGCCUCUGAAAUUCUCCAAACACCUGUCACGGCAUAUGAUCUCUACAGCCACACAUCAAUUUGGCUGUUGCGAACGGACUUUGUUUUGGACUAUCCCAGACCUGUGAUGCCCAACAUAGUAUUCAUUGGUGGUAUCAACUGCAAACAGAGAAAGCCAUUGCCUAUGGAGCUCCUGGACCUGUGUAUUUUGUGCGGAGACCCGCCACGCUGGCCAAAACAGCUGCGCUGGCGACCCGUGGGGCUCCUCCACCUGGGAAUCUCCUGGUCUGUGGGCAAUAAAAGUCUGUCUGGAUAUGCGGCAUCCACUCACCCUCCAUAUUUUGCUGGGAGCUGCAAUCCUGAGCUGCUCCUAAUCGGCCAUCUUGAAUCCUCUCCCAACGUACAGUAUUUCAUAUAA